CUCGCUCAUGGCUGGCUCGCUGUCGGUCCCCGAGCUGGAUGGUGGGAUGAAAGGAGAGCGCCGCGGGCGGAGCGCGGCCUGGCACCGGAGGGCAGCCCGGGUCACGGCACCCCUGGCACACAGCGCCGCUAGGCCUCAGCCCGCCUGGGAGUCCGAGAAACCGGGGGAGGGCAGCUCGGGGGGGGCUGGAGGUAAGGCAGGGCGAAUAGCACCAUAACAACAACACCAUAACCACAACAACAACACCAUAACCACAACAACAACACCAUAACCACAACAACACCAUAACCACAACAACACCACCAUAACAACAACACCACCACCAUAACCACAACCACAACAACAGCAUUAUCAUUAUUGUUAUUAUUUAUUAUUAAUAUUGUUAUUAUUGUUCAUGGCAUGCUGGCAGCUAUUGGGGACUACCACUCCCAGCAUGCUCAGCCAAGAUCAUGGCACAGCUCAACACUCAGAGGUUAGCUAGCAAUCAGUACAUCUCUACUUUAUAAAUAAUAUUCCCUGUGUGUGUAUAUAUAAAACCUGCACAAUCUCUUGUAUCUCCAUGUAUCAGAAUUGUUUUAAAGGGACCCUAUAUUCACCAAAACAAUUUUCGCUUAAUUAUUAUUAUUAUUAUUAUGAUGAUAUUUAUAGAGCGCCGCCAAAUUCCGCAGCGCUUUACAAUGGGUGGACGAACAGACAUGUAGUUGUAACCAGACAAGUUGGACACACAGGAACAGAGGGGUUGAGGGCCCUGCUCAAUGAGCUUACAUGCUAGAGGGAGUGGGGUAAAAUGACACAAAAGGUAAGGAUAGUAUUAGACUAAUUACAGUUGCAGUAGAGGAAUCAGUCGGGAGCUAUUAACAGUUUAAUUCAUACGCUUUUAUGAAGAAGUGGGUUUUUAAUGAUUUUUUGAAGGAGUGGAGACUGGGUGAGCAUCUAACGGAGGAGGGAAGCGAGUUCCACAGGAACAGUGCAGCCCUCGAGAAAUCUUGAAGGCGAGCAUCAGAGGUGGGAGUAUGUACAGAAGACAGACGUAAGUCUUCAGCAGAUCGUAAGGGCCUAGACGGGACAUACUUGUGUAUAAGGGAGGAUAGAUAGGUGGGAGCAGCAUUAUGUAGAGAUUUGAAAGCAAGAACCAGAACUUUAAAUUGAGCUCUAUAUUUUAUAGGAAGCCAAUGUAGGGACUGACAGAAGGUUGAGGCAUGGGAGGUGCGAGCGGACAGGAGGAUGAGCCUCGCCACCGCAUUCAUUAUGGACUGUAGCGGCGCAAGUUGGGAGCACGCAAGACGACUAAGAAGUGGAUUACAGUAGUCAAAGCGAGAAUGGACUAGCACCUUAGUCGCAUCUGGCGUUAAGUCGCAUCUGGCUGAUGCGCGCAAUGUUUUUAUGAUGGAAAUGACAGGAUUUGGUGAUAGACUGAACAUGAGGCUUGAAAGAGAGGUUGGAGUCAAAGAGAACACCUAGGCAGCGAGCCUGCGUGGUGGAGCUGAUGGUAGCACCGUUGACUUGGAGGGAGACAGACACAGGAGUAACAACACUUGAGGGAGGGAAGACCAAAAUUUCAGUUUUGGUCAAGUUUAGUUUAAGGAAGUGGGCAGCCAUCCAGUUAGAAAUAGCAGAGAGGCAGUAAGAGACACUAGUCAAGAGGAACUGGGAGAGAUCAGGAUUGGACAGGUAGAUUUGUGUGUCAUCAGCAUAGAAAUGAUAUUGGAAACCAAAGGAGCUAAUGAGUUUACCAAGGGAGGCAGUAUAGAUGGAGAACAGUAGGGGACCAAGGACUGAACCUUGGGGGACACCAACAGAGAGGAGUUGGGGAGAAGCAGAGCCAGAGAAAGAAACACUGAAAGAGCGCUGGGAGAGGUAGGAGGAGCACCAGAAGAGAGCAAUAUCUUUUAGACCGAUAUUGCGGAGGAUGAGAAGAAGCUGUUGAUCAACAGUGUCAAAAGCCGCAGACAGGUCAAGGAGAAUUAGGAUAGAGCAGUGCCGUUUCCACAGAGUGCUUAGCACGGAAACCAGACUGAAGCGGGUCUAGCAGAGAGUUUGACUCGAGGAAGUCUGUCAAUCUCGCAUACACAAUUCUGUCAAGGAUCUUGGAUGCAAAAGGCAGUAGUGAGAUAGGACGGUAGUUGGAUGGGGUGUUAGGGUUAAGAUUGGGCUUCUUUGGGGUUACAGUUGCAUGUUUGAAGGGCGAUGGAAAUAUACCAGAGGAGAGAGAUUGAGAAUUUUAGUGAGAGGUGGAGAAAGAGAAGAAGACAGAGUACGGAUGAGAUGUGAGGGAAUUGGAAUUAGGGAGCAGGUGGUGGGGCGGGAGGACUGGAGCAGAGCAGAAACCUCUUCCAAUGUAGCGGGUGAGAAUGAACAUAGAACAGCAGAGGGAGUGAAGUUAGGGGAAGAAAAGACGAGUGAUCUCUUCCCUGAUUGUAGAGAUCUUGUCAGUGAAGUGAGUUGCAAAGUCUGAUGCGAUCAAGUUGGUAGGUGGAGGAGGAACACCAGGGCAAAGAAGAAUUAAAUGUGUGAAAUAGUAGUUUGUUUUGGUGUAUAGAUCAUGUCCUUGCAGUCUCACUGCUCAAUACUCUGCCAUUUAGGAGUUAAAUAACUUUGUUUAUGAACCCUAGUCACACCUCCCUGCAUGUGACUUGCACAGCCUUCCUAAACACUUCCUGUAAAGAGUCGUCUAAUGUUUAUCCUUCCUUUAUUGCAAGUCCUGUUUAAUUUAGAUUUUUUUAAAUCCCUGCUAUGUUAAUAGCUUGCUAGACCCUGCAAGAGCCUCCUGUAUGUGAUUAAAGUUCAAUUUACAGAGAACGAGAUACAAUUGUUUAAAGUAAAUUACAUCUGAUUGAAAGUGAAACCAUUUUUUUUUCAUGCAGGCUCUGUCAAUCAUAUCCAAGGGAGGUGUGACAAUGGCUGCAUAGACAGAAACAAAGUGAUUUAACUCCUAAAUGGCAGUGAAUUGAGCAGUGAAACCUGCUGAUCUAUACACAGAAACUGCUUCAUUAAGCUAACGUUGUUUAGGUGACUAUAGUCUCCCUUUAAAUAGCGUUGUAUGCAGUAGAUUAUUAUUAUUAAUAAUAAUAAUAAUAAUAAUACCUUAUUUAACCAGGAAGGAUACAUUUCACUUUUGUUAGUUUUCAAAAUAUACAUCUUAUUAUAUAAGAUAACAGGUAAAUUGUAAGGUACAUUUUGUACACAUGUGACAUCGUCAACCCAUGUUGUUACAGCGACUGCGGAGAAAUGCUGUAUAAGUGUGUACAUCCCAUCAGAGGUGCCGUAGUACACACUGUACUCUGGUCCUGGGUUUUGGAUUGGCCCAAUCCAAUUUAACUGUAUAAGUAUAUUAUAUGUAUUUGGGAUAUUGGACACAAAAUGAGAGAGAUAAAUAUUUUGAUUUUAUUUUUUCAAAAUUAUUUAUUGACAGCAAAGUUGAGUUUUCUUAUAGCUGCACUGAUUUAAAAUGUAUUAUUUUUUUUAAUAUAAAAUUCUGUAGUUGUAGCCCACUCUCAGAGAUAAGAGUGGGCUACAUGUUGGGCUCUACGUCAUACAUUUUGCAAUAAUACAAAUUAGUUUUCAUGCCUAGUGAUUUUUUUCUUUAUUAAAAGACAAUUUUUUUUUAGCUGAACAUGAUAUUACCUGUUGAGCGACAGCUCACCUUCGUAAUUGUGUGGCCAAUUACAAAUAAGGAAUCAGUGGUUAUAUUUGUGAAAUUAAACACAUGGCAUUUUUUUUUUUUCUCAAGUCAUUGGAAAGGCGUUGAGUACUGGUUAUUGUCGUCUAUGCCAUGGGAAAUUCUCUUCUCGAAGCCUGCGCAAUGCAUUUGGUAAGUUUCCAGUGAUUGGUCGGAGUUCAGAGAAGCAGAGGCGCCUGGAUCAAGUAUUCUAUGCGGACUUUCAGCAGCUGGUGGGAGUAUCAGUCCGCAAAGACCCAGAACUUCCACAGUUUGUGUGCAAGGAUUGCCAUGCCCAGUUUUACAAGUGUCGAAGCGUACUCAGGACCUUUAUCCAGCGUGUGAACACCUCUCCCACCAAACCACACAGCAGCAGAGCAGAGUGAGUUGUCUGUGUGCUGUACUGUGUCUUUAAAUUGGUUCUAAUGUCAAACUUUUCUUGCCUUGGGGACUUGAAAGAUUAAAGGGACACUUUACACAGCAUAAACCAGAUACCAGCGAUACUUUAUCAUAAUUCAGUUAUUUUCAUGUUGACAAAACAGGGCUUUUUGUUUUUGUUUGUUUUUUGCGUUGGGACCCUUCCUAUCAUAAAGUCAGGAAAUACACUUCCAAUACCAGUGGGUUGUUAAGUCAAUGCUGAAGUAAUUGGGACUUGCAGGUGGUGCGUCCUGGGAGUAAGCACUUUCACGUCCCUUUUACAUUAAGAAGUGUUACAUUCUGUCUCUCUGAUUGAGAAUGGUUGUAGGCAAUGCUGCGAGCUCCACUUCAAAGCCUUGUUGGUUUACCUAGCACCAUAACCACCUCAAUGCGAUUUUAAAUGGAAAAUAAAACCACUUUAUUUAAUUUGCUCAUUGGCAUUCCUAGCCUCAAUGUGUGAUGAAACGAUAAUGGAAAUCAGUUUUUCCUCUUGUUGCUGCAUUCUUUUCAAAUAAUUUUUAUUAAAGUUUUUUUUGUAUAACAAAUGAUAAUAAUACAAACAUUGUAUUAAGGGUAGGAAAGGAGGGGUAACAUGGAAAUGGGAAGGGGUAUCCAUCCAUCAAUGAAAUAAACAUAUUAAAGUAUAUGGCAAAAAGAAAAAUGUUUUACAACAAUGCACUUUAACAAUAAAUAUAUCAAAGACCAUAAAUUGUUUUGAUUUUUUCCUCCCAUUUAUCCCAGUUGUAUUUUAGUAUUGGGAAACCAUGCAUAUUGGCUCUGUGUGAUAGUUCAUGUGCCUUAUUUUCUAAAAUCAAAUAAAAAACUUCUCUGAGAGAUGGCACAUUUUGAGACUUCCAAUGUCUAGGUAAACAGGAUGUAGCAGCGAUCAGAAUGUGGCCUAUGAUUAUUUUAUCUGAUCUAUUAACAGACUCCGGGAGUUUUUUAAAUAAGGCUAGUUCCGAGGUUAAGAUACUAAUGGUUCCGUUCACUUUAAUAAUCAGAUCGUGGAUCAUUUUCCAAUAAUUAAUUAACUUGGGGCAGAACCACCAGAUAUGGGCCAUAUUGCCCAAUCCCCCACAGUCUCUCCAACACCGGUCCGAAUACAUAUUGUUCAUGUUAUGUAAUCUAGACGGGGCCAGGUUGUUGCUGCAUUCUGAUUGUUCUCUGGUGCCUUCAUGCAAUCAUGACACCGUUGCAAUGUAUGGAAACAAUUCAGCUUCUCUGUCCCCCUGUAUGCUCUACAAUGCUAAUGUCUUGGAGCAGUAUAUGUUAAAAUAGGAUAUGUGGAUAUGUCUAAAGAUUGUUUUUUAUAUAAAUGGAACCUAUUCUGAAAUAUUACUGUCUCUUCGAUCAAUAGACCCCGGUUUGAGAGACUGACCAAGAAUUUUCUUACUCUCUCAAUCAUGUAGUUCUAUACCUGCUUGCUGGAAGGUGGAUCUUUAAAAAAAAAAAAAAAAAAAAACAAUCUGCCACCUUCUCACCUGAAUGUUUUCCUUGUGUGAUUUCGUUUUUUUUUUCUAAAUUAUGCAGCGUUUAUAGAAAUGCUGAAACACAUAGCUGCUUGACACUGGCAGCAUAUGGGGAUAUAAUUUAAGCACUGAAAAUGUAGCUGGAACAAGUUUUUCAAUUGAUAGUAAAGUAACAAAUAUACAAAAAUGUUUUUGUUAUUUAAAGGCCAAAUCCAAAUAUCUGAUAAUCUGCGACAAAUUUACUACAUUCCCAAUCUGCGAUAUAAAGCAUGCCUUACAUUAGUUUCCUGGAAUUUUAUUGUUUGCAUGGUUUGUAUUGUAGUAUAUCAUUUUUGUUUUUCAGCAGUGACCUGCAUAAUGAAGUAAAAUGCACAACAGAAUCAUGCACAGGUAAGAUACAUGUAUUUAUGUUAACAUUGGUUUUCCAUGACUAAGUUGUCUGCAUGUUCAGGAAAUAUUUGUACGUUUAAAGGGGUUCUCUGAGCACCAAAACCACUCAAGCUUAAUUAAGCAGUUUUAGUGUAUAGAUCAUGCCCCCACAGCCUCACUGCUGCUGUACACUCUGCAAAUAUUUGCACCGACUGCAUAAGAAGGUUUGCACUGAUGUAAGCGGUGUCUGUAAAUCUCUAAGAGUCCUGUAGAAUAUGUGAUCUUUAGUAUGCCUAUCUCAAUGAAGGACAUGCGGUGAGAUACCAAUUAGCUGACUGUACGGAAAUACCAGUGUGUGUGCACAAUGGGAAACGGUAUCUUUGUCUAGGCCAAAUGGAUGUUCAACAACAGAGUAGGAACAGACACUUUUACUGCAACAAUCUGUGUUUAAUAAUGGUCCACGUUUACGUGAUAACCUUCUUUAAAAUCAGCCAUUCAAUUUUAAAUUGGAUUACAUAGCGGCAAAUAAGGAUUUGCCUUUUGUGACUAUCCAGAUGCCAAUUUCAAGUCAAAUUCAUUACUUCUUCCCUGAAAUUUGCAGCACAUUCCCUUGUACGUAAAACCAUUUAAAUCUCAGUAUUUUUGACUGCCUGAAUACAGGUUUGUGAUUGUGACAAUGCUACUGUGGGGCCAUUGAUAGUUUGUGUAAUGUAAUGAGAGGUUUGUGGAUGGAUACAAAUGAUUGAUAGCCCUGGCAGGUGUGUACAGGCAAGGUUCAAAUGUAGACAUAACAUACACUCUCUCUCUCUAUUUCUGUGUGGAGAUUUGAUUACAUCAAGCUCUGAUUGUCUGCUUGGACUGGUGAGCUGGACACACAGCCAUGCCGGGAGCUGCCAUUCUCUACCGAGCCUCCAGCAAGUUCUAUCCACACAAUACUGUGGCAUCAUCCGGGCAGUGUGGGGAUGCAAUGGAGGACACGAUUACAUCAUGGAAAUGGACUCUGACACCAAUGCCUCACCUACCUUACCAGGGCACGUCAAGCCCACCCUAGCAAGUGGUAAUGGGACACACCAUAUAAGCACAGAGACAGUUCAUAUGCCCACAGUAUGCACCUUGACGGAUAGAAUAGACACCAGUCCACCCCUUCCUGAUAUUGUUGGGGUAGGGAGUUUCCCCCCACAGUGUCAAUCACCUGCACUGCCGCUAGACACCCCAGCUCCUCGGAGUUCUGCUCUGGACCCUUCCCAUGGUAAGAUACUUUCAAUACAUAAAAGAUUUUUGUUCUAAACAGCAUCUCUUACAGGAGAUCAUUGUAAGUAGGAAGGGAUAUCGGCGGCAUUAAAAGCUGAACAUACCCUCAUUAUUGGUCUUACAUGAAAAAACUGAACUAUACGUCAUAAAUUACAACCUCCAAUAAGCCAGUUGUGGAUAUAAAGAGGGGAAAUUUUCAUUUGGAAUUUUUAAAAAAAAUUUUUUUUUUUUUUUGCACUAACCUCCGCUGUACCAGAUUUUCGCUGUCACUUGGUUUAUUUUUUGUGCAGCUAUUUCUGCAAUUAUUGUUUACUUAAACGAGCGAUAUCUUUCCACAUACCCUACUAAUCCCCAUAGAAUAUAAAGUGUCGCCUGUAGCUAUUUCCCCGAGCGGAGCUACUGUAUCUAAAUCUGAUGAUUUCCGCAGAUCUUAGUAAAUAACUUCUUAAAAGUACCAACUGAAAAUUAUUUUCAGGAAGAGCUUUGGAACAAUGUUGGUCAGUUUAACGUUCUGGUUUUUUUUUCUUUUCUUUUUAUUUAAAUAAGCACAUGCCGUCAGGAAUCGGACCAGGGUCUCACAUGAAACCAGACAAAUAGAUGGCAACUACCUCUCGGACGGGUGAGGAUUUGACAAUUGUCUUGUGAGGACAUACAUGACAGUUGAGAGACUUAUGGGGAGAGGAAUCUAGAUUUCUAAAGGGGUAGCUACAGGAGCAUGGCAAAGUACUAAUCAUUUAGUAGUGACCAUGGAAUCGUAUAUGCUCAUCAGGAGGAUAUCAUUACUCCACUAUAAACUUCACUCAGUGUUCAUCUGUCUAUAAUAUCAUGUUAUGGGGUGGGUGAGGGCCAGUAUGUUCCCAAGAAGUUCACCAGAUGCCUUCUUCUCUUGUACAGAGAUUUCCAGGGCAGGGAGAUCAGAGAAGAGCAGGUGGACCCGCUGUCCUCCGAUGACUGUUUUGAAGAACUGACAGAAAAGAGGUAAUUUCCAAAACAGGCUUCCUUCCUCUCAUGUGCUUACAGUUUGCAUGUUUGACCAGAACUCAUGAUUGUCAUGUGGCCAACUUGUAUGUUAUUGGAUUCAUGUGAAUUGGCUUUAUUAGCAUGCAAUUAAACUGUUACACUCCAGUAGUCUUCAGCACAAACUAACGGGAAAGGAAUCCUUUCUUCACACAAACAGUGUGAUGGGGACACAGUCUUCUUCAGCUCGUGGACCAAUAAUUAAACACACUUAACACCGUAAGCAAUAUAGCUCAUUGAGUUGGUUAUAGCAAAUAGUCUUUGGACACUAAUGCAGAUGUGUCAAAUGAGGGAUAAUAUGACACUGAAGCACAAUGUGUUUGUCUUAUCUGCCUUUAAGCACAUAGUAAGUGUUGAAGAUCUGUAUAUCUUGUUUCCACAAGGAGGGAUCUUCACAAAAGAAAAGAGUCUGGAGAUACAAGAAAAAGUCCUUCAGAGCCUAGACCAAGAAAAAAACCUGGCCCUAAACCGGGCUGGAAUAAAAUUAAGCAAGAGCGGUACGUGUUGGUACAAUUAGAGAACAGUAACUGUUUGCACAGGAUGUGAGAAAUCCAAGAGUUUACAUACUAUGUCACGUCUGUCUGUUUUCAGGGAGGAACUGCCUCCAAUUUACAAAUGUCCUCACCAGGGCUGCACUGCGGUUUACAGAGGAGCUGAUGGUAUGAAGGUAAUAAAAAUGUUUUACAAAUUGCAAUCGUAGCAAGUUCUGAUCCCCUCCGGCAUUGCAAGAACCUACAAAUUACCAAUCACAGUCCUACAUUUUUUAUAACUCCUCUCCACUCAAACAGAAACACGUUAAGGAGCAACAUGAAGAGGUACGGGAGCGGCCAUGCCCCCAUCCUGGUUGCAACAAGGUAUUCAUGAUUGACCGGUACCUCCAGCGGCAUGUUAAACUCAUUCACACAGGUAAGAGCUGUAUGUGACACCCCCCCACCUUCUCUUAAAAUCCAUGGUUCUUGUGUUCUCUCAGCUUACUUCCAGUGUCUUUUUCUCCCCAGAGCAGAGGAAUUAUAUCUGUGAUCAGUGUGGCCAGGCCUUCAAGCAAAGGAAGCACCUCUCUGUUCACCAGAUGAGACACUCAGGGGCAAAACCUUUGCAGUAAGUGCAUCCAAAAUCAACCGACCACUAGCGUGGACAGUAUAAAAUAUAUAUAUACACACACACACAGAACAAGAAACCUCACACCAACAAAAACAAUUGCAGUCGCUGCAAUGUAAGGUGUAAUAGCUGUCAUUGCUAAAUUACUCCGCAACAUGUCACGUGGUAGAAAAUUCCUAAUGUCGGGGGGGGGGCGGGACUGUGGAAGAGGCUCCAAUGUGAUAUACAAGUGUGAAUGAUCGGAUUUUAAUAAAACUGAUGUAUUCUUUGCAGUCAUUCUUAAAGCAAUACUCUAAAUACCAUAACUUCAAAUAAUGUUGUUAUGGUACUUGGAGCUACCUGAUGCCGGCUUGCUUUCAGUGGUCAAACUGUUUAACCUCACAUUUUUCUGUCCAGCGCCAGUCAGCUCUGCCUCCGAACAUCUGUUGCAGUCCGAGAUAUCAAACAGGAAUGGCGCUGUCAGCGUCAGUAGCUUCCCAUUAACAAAACAGAGUGAAAUGUUUUUUCUAAUUCUAUUCUGUGACUGGGGAGCUACUGCUGGGGUGAGAGCGUUGUCUGCUGCCUCAGACUGGAAUGGAUGCUGAGGGGCUAGUCUUUAGGGUUAAACUGUUCAUUAAUGGGUUUUAUCCCCUGAAAAUAAGCCAGUGCCAGUCAUCUGGCACCCUAAUAAACCUCUGCUUUUUUUUUUUCCUGUAUUCACUUUGAAUUUUCAUUGUAAAGUUUUGAUACCCAGCUCACCCUCUUGUCUUUAUCGGCAGUGCACUGCUACUAUUAUAUAGUGUGAUUGUGGUUGGUUGGAGCCUGCCUUGCUUUAUUUAAGAUAUGAGUCACAAACAUGUUUCCUAAUGCUGCAGUGUUCCUUUAAACAUCCUGUGCCAUAAGUUAAGUUAGAAUGCAAUCUUUUGUUCAGGAAGUGUGUAAAGAGGCUGUGUAAGUCACAGCCAAGGCGGUGUUGCUAGGGCCAAAAAAACAAAUUGAUAUAAAUCCUAAAUUGCAAAAAAUUGAAUGAGAUUGCAGAGAUAUGGUCUACACAACAAAUCCUCUUAAUUAAGCUAAGGUUGGUACUUAGUGUCUGUUACGACUUCUAUAUGGAACCAAUUUAUUAAAUUCAUUCAUAUCCACUACAGCAGCUAUAUUUGGUUUGGUAUAAGAAAAAGUGGGUUGUUUUUUUAAUUUACACAUUUACUAGAUUUAGAGAUUAAAAGUUGAAUACUUUACAGAAGUACUUAUUGUGGGUGGCUGGGUUUCUUAACAGCUUGACCGUAAAUGUAUAAAAUUUGCGUUCUGAUGUCUUUGCAGAUGUGAAGUGUGUGGGUUUCAGUGUAGGCAGAGAGCGUCUCUCAAGUAUCACAUGACCAAACACAAGGCUGAAUCUGAUCUGGAAUUUGCAUGUGACCAGUGUGGGAAGCGAUUUGAGAAAGCCCACAACCUCAAUGUACACAUGUCAAUGGUGCACCCUCUGAUACAGAUCCCUGCCACAGAAGCAGGGAGAGAGCCCAAUGUCCCUUCAGGAGCAACAGAAGGACAACCACUAACAGAAAUCCCCCAGGAGCCUCCGCCUUGAGGGGGGACAAAUCAAGAACAUUGGUUUUGUAGUGUUUUUAUCAGAUUGCUGAAUAUAGCAUGAGAUGUCUUUCUGAGCCUUUUUUAAAUCCUGCUUUUAUACUGUAAAUUAUAGGGCACAGGAAACAUCCCACCGUGUGAAUCAUGGCCUGAUCGUAUGGAAAUUGGCAUUUUAGCUAGACCACACUUUCAUGAAUUGUGGAAAAAGGUAUAUCCCCCAGCAGUGUAGUUGGAGGCGUUUUAUGGUAAAUAUUGAUAUUCAGAGUCCAUGACAGGAAAAUAAUUUUCCUAAUAUUGGAAAAGGGUUGUGAAGCACUGAACUAGCCUAUAAAUAAAUACUGAUUUUAUGGAAAAGUGGUCAUGACUGAUGUACAGUAAACAAAACACCAGUGAGAAAACAAGUGAAAAGAGAAAUGUGUUAUCGCAUAUACACUUAAUAUACUGUGAUAACCACAAGAUUUCUCCAAAUCUUCUAUACCACAAAUGCAAAAAUGAGUCUACAAACAAAAUACACAUAGGAUAAUAUUGAGAAGGUGAUUUUGCGCUUAAUUGCACUCACAAGAUCUCAGAAGUACAUGGGCGCGUCUCCCCUCUUGGGGUAUCCAACGUCAGAUCUUUGUAAUCUUGUUAGCAGAUAUAUUCAAAUAUAAAAAGUACAACACUGUGUGUACUGUACAAAGUAUUUACUUAAAUUAAAAUUACACUUACAAGAAAUAUAUUCCCGAAGAGCAUAUUACUAUAAAUACAUGGUAGAUCUGGAACACAGGUGACGGCUACAAAAAAAUAAAGUCUUAACUGCUUGUUCCACAGGGAAAUACAAAGUAAAAGUAAAACCAAAAUAAGUACAUAUUCCGACGCGUUUCGUACACUUUCUUCAUGUAGAUGGAUAUCUGCCUGUAAAUCAUGCUAUACACUCAAUGCUUUCUGGAACAAAAGUGUACUAUGAAGUACGCGUGGGUUUUUAAAGGUAUAUUUGAAGGUAAAAAAUAUUAAAAGGAACACUUCCAGCCUCUUCAUUUUGUGUGCAGGAGGGUCCCAUUGCCUUCUUACCUUCAUAGGUUAGAAAGGAUUUGGCAAUGACCUAACUCUGAAGUUAGUGUUUAGCCACCACCAGUUAACAGUGACAGUCAUUUGACAUAGAAUUUCUAACAGUUUACUACAUUAACAAUCUAGGAUAAUUCGUGAUUUGUUAUUUUUGUUCUCCCGUAUUACUGGGAGUCUGCACCUUCUUCUCUCGUAGCGAAAAGGCAAGUUUCAUUAAAGGAUUACUCCAAGCACCAGGACCUUUGAAGUGGGGUCUGUAUGUGCGGUGUUUUGCUUUGAAAUGCUGCGCAUACAGAGUUUAACCUCUUUGCCAAGUCCACUUCCGGCAGUGUCAUUGUGGGGUGAUCAGCCAUCCUGGAAAUAGAGUUCUGGGGCUGGCUAAUGUAAAAAUUUUCAUUACACAGAAUGUCAGUCAUUGGCUAGCAGUCAGUUGAUGCUCUCAGCCAAUGGAUGUCAACUGCCACAGCUUCUGCAAAAGCGUGUCACUGGACCACCAGGGAGCAUCGGAGUCCGGCAGGAGUUCAGGUAAGUUGGCAAACUGUUGCAAACAGGUUUACCCCAUUACUGGGCUAGGGUACUCCUUGCAUAAUAACCACGACAGCGAGCUUAGAGUAACCCUAGAAGCUACUUUUAGCUAGAAGUAAAAUAUUCUCCCACAGGAAGAAAAUCUAACUCCUAGUCCACUGGCUCAAAACAAAUCUGGUUCCAUAGCCAAAUCCUCGUAAUCAAAUGGAACUUGAAGAAAAUUUAGCAUUGAAGCCAGUUCAGGAUCAUAUUCAUCACAGGAUUUCAUGACCUGCAUGAGAAAAUAGAUGUAGUCACAGACUUGCGAGCUCACAGG